UAAAUACUGCUUCAAUAGUACAAGUACCAUCAUCUCGUCAAGCCGCAUGUACAGUACCCUUAGUAGUACCUUUAGCAGUAUUUAUGUAUUUAGUCAAGCUGAUCUUCAUAAAAAAACGAUGACGUCGGCUCAUUAAAACACGUCAAGCCUGAACAACCAAUCACAGGAGAGGACUAUGCGUCUCCAUGGUAACUGUGUUUGUGUCUCCAGCGGAAGAGAAAAACAUAAUAGAGUCGGUGUUGGAUGGCGGGGACGUGGAGACAUGACCGGGAGAUGGCGCUGAAGGCCCGGAGCCGGCUGUCAGAGAGCUCGGACCCGGUGGAGAGACUCAGGCUGCAGUGUCUGUCCAGAGGCUCGUCUGGGAUCAAAGGUCUGGGCAGAACCUUUAAGAUAAUGGAUGACAACAACAACCGCUCGCUGGACCUGAAGGAGUUCCUGAAGGGCCUGAAUGACUACGGGAUCCUGAUGGAGAAGCAGGAAGCCACGGCGCUCUUCCAGCACUUUGAUCGCGACCGGAACGGCACCAUCGACUUUGACGAGUUCCUAAUCACUCUGAGGCCGCAGAUGUCUAAAGCCAGAAAGGAGGUGGUCAUGGAGGCCUUUCGGAAGCUGGAUAAGACGAGCGACGGGGUGAUCACCAUUGAAGACCUGCGGGGCGUCUAUAACGCCAAGUACCACCCCAAGUACCAGAACGGGGAGUGGACGGAGGAUCAGGUCUUCAGGAUUUUCCUGGACAGCUUCGACUCCCCGUACGACAAAGAUGGAAAGGUAACUUUGACCCGCCGGUCCAGAGAAGGUGACCAAGGAGGAGUUUAUGAAUUAUUAUGCUGGUGUGAGUGCCUCCAUCGAUACAGACGUCUACUUUAUUGUGAUGAUGAGAAACGCCUGGAAACUGUGACUAGCAUCCUUCUGGUGACCAAAGAAGAGUUUGUUAACUAUUACAGUGGAGUCAGCGCCUCCAUCGACAGCGACGUCUACUUCAUUCUGAUGAUGAGAAACGCCUGGAAACUCUGAAUCAAGUCAAAGGACACCGACGCCUUAUUAAUAAUAAUCCUUAUUGUGUUCACUUGAUACGAUCGAGCUCUUUUCUACCAGCUGAAAUAAAUGAUGUGCUUUUGGAAGUUGUAAAAUCAUUUAGUAGUAGUAGUGUUUUAAAGAAUGACUUUCAUAAUUUUGCAUUCUGCAGUUGUUUUUUAUAAAUUGAACAUGAUCGAAAUAUAAAUAUUUAGAAUAGGGAAACAUGAUGUUUUGUAGGGAAACAAUUGGCAGUAUGAUUUCAUAACUCUUCUACUUUAUUGUAUGCUGAUAUGCAACACCAUAGGCUUUGUUUCAAUAAAAAACAUUGGUU